UGAGGUCAAUUUGAAGCCUUUUGAUCUUUUCUAAUGGGGAGAAAAAAAAAAUCAGGGCUAGACCACCCCGAACAUCUUUAUGGCGAGCCCUUGAGAUUUCUAUCAGCGGGGUUACUCUACAGCGCAUUCCAAGAUGGCGGACGAUGAAGUAAUAAGAAAAAGGCUGUUGAUAGACGGUGAGGGUGUCGGCGACGACCGUCGCAUCACGACGCUCAUGAAGACGUUUGUAAAAUGGUGUAACAGCACAGACGACGACAAUGAUGCCUCAUAUCAGAAGUUGCUAGCCCAACUGGCCCAAUGUGAGUUUGCCAUGGGAAAGACAGAGAUGGUGCAUGCCAUGAAUGAAAGGGAAACAGAAAACUAUGAGAAAGCUUAUAAAGAAGUUGAACAGAGUAUUACCCAUGCCUACGAGGAAAUAGCAACUUGUAAAACAAAUCUUCAAGAAGCCAAAAGGAUAAGAAGAAACAAACAGGAAUAUGAUGCUUUAGCCAAAGAAAUUACUAAGCACCCUGAAAGGCAAGAGACAACGAGACAAAUCAGUGAAUUGGAGAAGGAUCUUAACUCACUAACAGAAACAAAAGAAUCUCUUGUUUCCAAGCUUGAGCUUAGAAAGAAACAAUUUUACCUUCUUAUCAACACCAUACAUGAGCUGCAAAGGAUGAUUGAUGAUGAAAAAACAGAUGAAGGCACAGCUCUGUCACCUCAGCAGAGUAUCACGUCACCAGGCAAAGUAGCAUUGAUGGACACAUAGCUGACAAAGAAGAUGGGUGCCCAUACGUACAAAGUGUAUACUGUUGGAGCAUACACACAUUUUCGCUAAAAACAAUGCUUCUUCCAUCGUUAGGUUGGGUAAGGAAGUGAUUUUAGUUAAAAAAAAGUGAAAUACUUUGAUUAAAACCUUGCAAAAGCAGCCUUGAAAGGAAGCCUAUCUUAAAAGAAUACCCCUCGAUUUGAGAGGAAAAGAGUGACACUUCAAAGAAUAGUAGCCCUAAAAAUCCCUAAAGGACAAAAACCAUGAUUUUGCAGGCAACUAUUGCCAUGACAGACAUUGAUGUGGCUGUUUUGCUAGAGUCCAUAAUAACAGGAGUUUCUUAUUUCUUUUCUUUUAAUGUCUUGAGACUUUUACAUAAUGGCUUAAUGACAAGAGAUGACUGUAAUUUUUGGGCAUGUAUUUUUGACAUGACAUGUAUUUUUAAGGCAAGAUUAUCAUAAGCUUUUCAAACCUGCAAACUUGAUAUUUAUUAUUGCGACAUCUUGAUCACACAAUUUCAUGAAUAUGUCAAUAUUUCCUUAGAAUAUUAAGACUAAAAAGUAUAAGACGUUUUCUAUAAGCCAUUUAUACCUUUCAAACUGGUUACAUAAAAUAUCUAAUGUACAUAUUGUACUUUAUUGUUAUUAAAACUUGAAUUCACUCUUU